AUGUAAAUUUCAAAAAUAGAUAAACAUAAAUCAACAUUAUAAAUAACUCUAAUAACUUUAUCUUCCUGUUUAGGUUCUUUAUAUAUUGGUUACUAAAUAGGAGUUUUUUCACUCGCCAGUGAUACUACAUUUAUAGUUUUUAAAACAAGUUAAGAAAAUAUAGCUUUAUAUUAAGCCUUAUUAACUUGCUUUAUACCUUUAGGUGCUUCUGUAGGUUCUUUAUCUUCGGGAAAAUUAUUAGAUAUUUUUUCUCGCAGAACCUCAUCAAUAAUAUGUGAUAUGUUUGGUAUUAUUAGUUCUUUUAUGAGUCAAUUUUCGAAUAUAAAAUAUUUACCUUUAAGUCGUUUUUUAGCUGGAAUUACAACUGGUUUAAAUAGUUCGAUAGUGCCUUUGUAUAUAUAGGAAAUAUCUCCAAACGAAGUUAGUGGAAAGAUGGGAAUCAUUUUUAAUAUGGGAAUUAAUAUGGGUAUUAUUUUUGCGACUUUUUUAGGAAUUUUUUUUAGUUAAAAACCUUCUUAAAAAGAUGAAGAUUAUUGGAGAUUUGUGUUUAUUUUUCCGGCUUUUAUAUGCGUUUCAAGAUAUUUAAUUUUAAAGUUUAUUUAUAAUUUUGAAACGCCUUUAUUUUAUGCAUUAAAAAGUGAAGAUUAUUUAUGUGAAAAAAGCUUAAAAAUAAUAUAUAAAAAUGAAUAUGUAUAGGAAAUUAAAGAUUAAAUCUAAAAUUAAGCUUAAAAAAUUAAAAAUUAAAAAGAAAGCUUUAAAAAUAUGAUUAGUAUUAAGUAUAGAAAAAGAUUAACUAUAGGAUGUUUAUUAUAAAUAUUUUAAUAGUGGUCAGGCAUAAAUGCAGUUAUUAUGUAUAGUGGUCAAAUUUUUGGAUAGUUAUUAGAUAAUGAUUUUUUUUAAAAAAAUAUGAUUUCUUUAUUAUCAAAUAUUGUACUAUUUUUAGCAUCAUUUUUUUCCUCAUUUUUUAUUAAUGUUUUGGGUAGAAAAAAGAUACUUUUAUGGGGUAGUGCUUUGUGUUUUUUGUUUUUGGGUAUUUUGGCUAUUGUUUCUGGUUCAGGAUUUCAUUAAGAAACUUCCUUUUUGUUUAUUUUUGCAUAUUAUAUUUCUUUUAAUUUCUCUCUUGGACCCUUAGUAUGGCUUUAUAAUUCUGAAAUUUUACCUGAAAAAGGUAUAUCUAUUGCCACUUCAUGUAAUUGGGUUGCUGGGAGUAUUAUUACUUUGGCUUUACCUUAUCUAAAUGGAAACAUUUGGCCUUUAUUUGCCUUUUUUGCGUUUGUAUGUGCAUGUUGUGUUGUCUUUGUUUAGUUAUUAGUUAAAGAAACUUUAGGAAAGAAUAAAGAUGAGAUUGGAAAUUUAUAUUUACCAGAAGGGCAUUUAUUUGAUGAAAAUAAAAACCUUUAAGAUGGUGAAAAAUAAAAAACCUAUAUAAAUGCUUGA